CGAGCCGCGCCCGCGCGCGCGCGCAUGUUUCGACCCGGCUGUCGGCGGGUGUUCGAUCGGAUGCACGCGAUGGCGCGGGGCGCGGGCGCGCGGCUCGGCGCGGCGUCGCCCUCCGCGCGCGUCGCGCCUCCCACAUCAUCAUCGUCGUCGUCGUCGUCGUCGCGGCAGACGUCGCACCGGCGCGUGACGACCACCCGGCGUCACGCGCCGCCUCGGGGCGCGUCCUCCGCCUCGGACGCGCCCAUCGCGUCGUGGAUGGAGUCCCUCGCCGACCGUCUGCCCCCGCGCUUCCCGGACGCCCCCGACACGUACUGGCGCGGCGCGGGUUCACCCGCGGGCAACCCCCAGGUGCACGGCGACGAUUCCAUCCUCGAUCUGCUCCACGCGUCGGGCGCGUUCCACCGCCCGCGGCUGAUGGUGGACGAGGGCGGGGCGCGGCAGCGCGUGAUGCUGUCGCUUCGAACGGGAACGCGAACCGCGGGCCACCCCGGAUGGACCCACGGGGGCCUCACCUCGCUGCUCAUGGACGAGACCGCCGGGCAGGCGUUCGCGCACUUUGUUCAACCCUCGCGGGGCCUCGGGGUCACGGCGAACCUCACCGUCGACUACGCGUCGCCGCUUCCGACGGCGAAGGAUCUCCUGGUCGUGGCGGGGGUGGGAAAGGUGGACGGACGGAAGGUUUGGAUCGACGUGCAGGUCCGGGACGGACCUCCGAGGGACGAUGGCGGAGACGACGAAGCGGAAAAACACAGCUGUGCGGGUGACGACGACGACGACGGGGAGGUGUUUGCGCGGGGAUCCGCCCUGUUCGUCGUGCUCGCGAAGGACUGACGCGAGCGACGUGUUGGUGAUGUGUCCUUAUUCUUUUUUUCAUGUCGAACCGAGUCGUUGCGGGUU